UGUAACUAUAAACAAGGCUUUGUCCUUUUCAUAUAAUUUAUGUAGAAAGAUAACUCUUCAGAGAUGAGCUCUUAAUUAAUGCACAGGGUCCCUGCGAGUCCCACCUCUCAACAGCAGUGAUUGACAUUCAAGGAUACAUAAAUUACACUAAUUGAGCUUUGCAUCUACACAAUCUUUCCACAACCAACUCAUCAGAGAAGAGUUCAGGAUCAUCUGAAUCUACUGGACCAACUUUUGUCAUAAGCAGAAAAUAAAAGUCCUUGGGGGCAAAAGAAAAGGUGAAUCAUUGAAUUUGGAGCAGAAUUUAAAGCAAACUGGCCUGAUGUGCAUACAGAAGGAAUGAAGCAUGGAUGUGAAAGAACGCAGACCUUAUUGCUCCCUGACAAAGGGCAGAAGAGACAAGGAAAGGCGUUAUACAAAUUCUUCAGCAGAGAACGAGGAGUGCAGAGUGCCUACACAGAAAUCUUACAGCUCAAGUGAAACCUUGAAAGCUUUUGAUCAUGAUUCCUCGAGACUGCUGUAUGGAAACCGGGUGAAAGAUUUGGUGCACAGAGAGUCAGAUGAAUAUAACAGACAAGGACAGAAUUUUACCCUAAGGCAGUUAGGAGUUUGUGAACCAGCAACUCGAAGAGGACUGGCAUUCUGUGCUGAAAUGGGGCUCCCCCACAGAGGUUACUCUAUCAGUGCAGGGUCAGACGCUGAUACUGAAAAUGAAGGAGUGAUGUCUCCAGAGCAUGCCAUGAGACUAUGGGGCAGGGGGGUCAAAUCAGGCCGCAGUUCCUGUCUCUCAAGCCGUUCCAACUCAGCCCUCACUUUGACCGAUACUGAACAUGAAAACAAGUCUGACAGUGAGAAUGGCACUUCUGCUCAGACCACCCUAUGUUGGAAUACUUCAUAUCAUGAUGAGGAUCUGAUCCUGAUUGGAGAUACUGAAUGCCAUCAAAAUACAAGUCCUCCCAUGCCAUCCUCUUCAUCUAGUCAAUCCGUUAUUGAACAUUUACAUUCCCCUCCUCCAUCACCUAAUCUCCAUGACAACCAAAGAUGGUUGCUAAGUACUAGUGAUAUCCAGCCAGUUCAGGACUCUGACACUGAUGAGGACUAUACUGCCAGCUCUUAUCUAGUACAGACGGGUCCUGUUUCAGUUUUUGCCACAGGUCAUGAGCAACCUCCAAAUAACCAAGGCCAGUCGACCCUGCAACCUUUGCCACCUUCUCACAAGCAGCAUUCAGCACAGCAUCACCCAUCCAUCACCUCCCUUAACAGAAACUCACUGACAAAUAGGAGGAACCAGAGUCCGGCCCCGCCGGCUGCUUUGCCCGCCGAGCUGCAAACCACACCCGAGUCGGUCCAGCUGCAGGACAGCUGGGUCCUUGGCAGUAAUGUGCCACUGGAAAGCAGGCAUUUCCUAUUCAAAACAGGAACAGGGACAACACCACUGUUCAGUACUGCAACACCGGGUUACACAAUGGCAUCCGGCUCGGUUUACUCCCCUCCUACACGACCACUACCUAGGAACACCUUAUCAAGAAGUGCUUUUAAAUUUAAGAAGUCUUCAAAGUAUUGUAGCUGGAAAUGUACAGCACUCUGUGCUGUAGGUGUCUCGGUGCUACUGGCAAUACUACUGUCUUAUUUUAUAGCAAUGCAUCUAUUUGGCCUCAACUGGCAGUUGCAACAGACUGAAAAUGACACAUUUGAAAAUGGAAAAGUGAAUUCUGAUACUGUGCCAACAAAUACUGUAUCAUUACCUUCUGGUGAAAAUGGAAAAUUAGGAGGAUUUGCACAAGAGAACAAUACUAUAGAUUCUGGUGAGCUUGAUAUAGGCCGAAGAGCAAUGCAAGAGGUUCCUCCUGGGAUCUUCUGGAGGUCGCAAGUCUUUAUUGAUCAACCACAGUUUCUGAAAUUCAAUAUCUCCCUUCAGAAAGAUGCAUUGAUUGGAGUAUAUGGCCGAAAAGGCUUACCACCUUCACAUACUCAAUAUGACUUUGUGGAACUUUUGGAUGGGAGCCGGUUGAUUGCAAGGGAACAGCGGAAUCUUCUUGAAUCAGAGCGGGCUAAUAGACAGGCAAGGUCUGUCAGUCUUCAUGAAGCGGGUUUCAUCCAGUAUUUGGAUGCUGGGAUCUGGCAUCUUGCUUUUUAUAAUGAUGGGAAAAAUGCAGAACAGGUGUCUUUCAAUACCAUUGUAAUAGAGUCUGUGGUGGAAUGCCCCCGGAAUUGCCAUGGAAACGGAGAAUGUGUAUCAGGAUCAUGCCAUUGUUUUGCUGGAUUUCUGGGCCCUGAUUGUUCAAGAGCAGCCUGCCCAGUAUUGUGCAGUGGCAAUGGGCAGUACUCCAAAGGACGCUGUCUGUGCUACAGUGGCUGGAAAGGUACCGAGUGUGAUGUGCCUACCACCCAGUGCAUUGACCCUCAGUGUGGGGGUCGUGGGAUUUGCAUCAUGGGCUCUUGUGCCUGCAACUCUGGAUACAAAGGAGAAAACUGUGAGGAAGCUGAUUGUUUAGAUCCAGCCUGUUCAAAUCAUGGUAUAUGUAUCCAUGGAGAAUGCCAUUGCAAUCCAGGAUGGGGUGGUAACAACUGUGAAAUACUGAAAACUAUGUGUCCAGACCAGUGUUCUGGCCAUGGAACAUACCUUCAAGAAAGUGGCACCUGCACUUGUGACCCUAAUUGGACUGGUCCUGACUGCUCUAAUGAAAUAUGCUCCGUUGACUGUGGCACUCAUGGUGUCUGCAUGGGUGGUACAUGUCGUUGUGAAGAAGGCUGGACUGGUCCAUCCUGCAGUCAGAGAGCAUGUCAUCCACGGUGUGCUGAACACGGAACUUGUAAAGAUGGAAAGUGUGAAUGUAGUCAAGGCUGGAAUGGCGAGCACUGCACCAUUGCUCACUAUUUGGAUAAGAUUGUUAAAGCAGACAAGAUAGGAUAUAAAGAGGGAUGCCCUGGCCUAUGUAAUAGCAAUGGAAGAUGUACAUUGGACCAAAAUGGGUGGCACUGUGUUUGUCAGCCCGGAUGGAGAGGAGCAGGAUGUGAUGUCGCCAUGGAAACUUUAUGUACUGAUAGCAAGGACAAUGAAGGAGAUGGAUUAAUUGACUGCAUGGAUCCUGACUGCUGCUUGCAGAGUUCCUGCCAAAGCCAGCCCUACUGUCGAGGACUGCCUGACCCACAAGACAUUAUUAGCCAAAGCCAGCAAUCUCCAUCUCAGCAAGCUGCUAAAUCUUUUUAUGACCGGAUCAGUUUUCUUAUAGGAUCGGACAGCACCCAUGUCAUUCCUGGAGAAAGCCCUUUCAAUAAAAGUCUUGCAUCUGUCAUAAGGGGCCAAGUAUUAACAGCAGAUGGGACACCAUUAAUUGGAGUUAAUGUUUCCUUUUUCCAUUAUCCAGACUAUGGAUACACAAUAACUCGUCAAGAUGGAAUGUUUGAUUUGCUAGCAAACGGUGGUGCAUCUUUAACGCUGGUCUUUGAACGAUCACCAUUCCUUACUCAGUACCACACAGUCUGGAUACCAUGGAAUGUCUUCUAUGUAAUGGACACUCUUGUCAUGAAGAAGGAAGAGAAUGACAUUCCCAGUUGUGAUCUGAGUGGAUUUGUGAGACCAAAUCCAGUCAUUGUAUCAUCACCUUUAUCUACCUUGUUCAGGAUUUCUCCUGAGGAUAGUCCCAUUAUUCCUGAAACCCAGGUACUACAUGAGGAAACCACAAUCCCAGGAACUGAUUUGAAAUUGUCAUAUUUAAGCUCCAGAGCUGCAGGGUACAAAUCUGUUCUUAAGAUCACCAUGACACAGUCGGUGAUACCAUUUAACUUAAUGAAAGUUCAUCUCAUGGUGGCGGUGGUGGGAAGACUUUUCCAAAAAUGGUUCCCUGCAUCCCCAAAUUUGGCUUACACAUUCAUAUGGGAUAAAACUGAUGCAUAUAACCAAAAGGUCUAUGGUUUAUCUGAAGCUGUUGUAUCUGUAGGUUAUGAAUACGAAUCAUGUUUGGAUCUAACAUUAUGGGAAAAACGGACAGCUAUUUUGCAAGGAUAUGAGCUAGAUGCCUCCAAUAUGGGUGGCUGGACACUAGACAAACAUCAUGUAUUGGAUGUUCAGAAUGGAAUACUUUAUAAAGGUAAUGGAGAAAAUCAGUUCAUCUCUCAACAACCACCAGUCAUCAGUAGUAUAAUGGGCAACGGUCGAAGACGUAGCAUUUCGUGCCCCAGCUGCAAUGGUCAAGCAGAUGGCAAUAAACUUUUGGCUCCAGUUGCCUUAGCUUGUGGUAUUGAUGGAAGCUUGUACGUAGGAGAUUUCAACUAUGUCCGACGGAUAUUCCCAUCUGGAAAUGUAACAAGUGUUCUUGAACUAAGAAAUAAAGAUUUUAGACAUAGCAGUAACCCAGCUCAUAGAUACUACCUUGCAACUGACCCAGUCACAGGAGAAUUGUAUGUUUCUGACACAAACACACGAAGGAUUUAUCGUCCAAAGUCACUGACUGGGGCAAAGGACCUGACAAAAAAUGCUGAUGUGGUAGCAGGAACCGGAGAGCAGUGCCUCCCAUUUGAUGAAGCACGAUGUGGUGAUGGUGGCAAGGCUGUAGAAGCAACCCUCAUGAGUCCCAAAGGAGUAGCAAUAGACAAAAAUGGUUUAAUCUACUUUGUUGAUGGGACCAUGAUUCGGAAAGUUGACCAAAAUGGAAUAAUAUCAACAUUGCUUGGCUCAAAUGAUCUCACUUCAGCACGACCUCUAACAUGUGACACCAGCAUGCAUAUCAGCCAGGUGCGUCUGGAGUGGCCAACAGAUUUGGCUAUCAACCCAAUGGAUAAUUCCAUAUAUGUGUUGGAUAACAACGUGGUUCUUCAGAUUACUGAAAAUCGGCAAGUGCGUAUUGCGGCUGGGAGGCCAAUGCAUUGUCAGGUUCCCGGAGUGGAGUAUACAGUGGGGAAACAUGCAGUACAGACCACUUUAGAGUCAGCCACAGCCAUUGCUGUAUCUUAUAAUGGGGUGCUUUACAUUACAGAAACGGAUGAGAAAAAGAUUAACAGAAUAAGGCAGGUUACAACUGAUGGAGAGAUCUCAUUAGUGGCUGGAAUACCUUCUGAGUGUGAUUGCAAAAAUGAUGUUAACUGUGACUGCUACCAGAAUGGUGAUGGUUAUGCUAAAGAUGCCAAACUUAAUGCCCCAUCUUCCUUAGCUGUAUCACCUGAUGGAACAUUGUACAUUGCGGAUCUUGGAAAUAUUCGGAUAAGAGCUGUGUCAAAGAACAAACCCUUGCUGAAUUCAAUGAAUUUUUAUGAAGUUGCCUCUCCAACUGACCAGGAACUCUAUAUCUUUGAUGUCAAUGGCACUCAUCAGUACACUAUGAAUUUAGUCACAGGAGACUAUUUGUACAAUUUUAGCUACAGCAAUGACAAUGAUAUUACUGCAGUAACUGACAGCAAUGGAAAUACGCUUCGUAUCAGACGGGAUCCCAACCGGAUGCCAGUGAGGGUGGUGUCUCCUGAUAACCAAGUCAUCUGGUUAACAAUAGGAACCAAUGGAUGCCUGAAAAGUAUGACAGCCCAAGGACAAGAACUUGUAUUAUUUACAUAUCAUGGCAACAGUGGACUCCUGGCAACCAAAAGUGACGAGACUGGAUGGACAACCUUUUUUGACUAUGACAGCGAAGGGAGACUAACCAAUGUCACAUUUCCAACUGGUGUAGUUACCAACCUGCAUGGUGAGAUGGAAAAGGCCAUUACUGUUGACAUUGAAUCAUCUAGUAGAGAGGAAGAUGUCAGCAUCACUUCAAAUCUAUCAUCAAUUGAUUCUUUCUAUACAAUGGUCCAAGAUCAAUUAAGAAAUAGCUACCAAAUUGGGUAUGAUGGGUCUCUCCGAAUUAUCUAUGCCAGUGGUCUGGACACACACUACCAAACGGAACCACACGUUUUAGCUGGCACAGCCAAUCCAACUGUAGCAAAAAGAAAUAUGACCCUUCCUGGAGAAAAUGGACAAAAUUUAGUGGAGUGGAGAUUCAGAAAAGAACAAGCCCAAGGCAAAGUCAAUGUGUUUGGCCGAAAGCUCAGAGUUAAUGGUAGGAACCUCCUUUCAGUUGACUUUGAUCGGAUUUCAAAGACAGAGAAGAUCUAUGAUGACCACCGUAAAUUCCUGCUGAGGAUCGCCUAUGACACAUCAGGACAUCCAACUCUCUGGUUCCCUAGCAGCAAGCUUAUGGCUGUCAAUGUUACAUAUUCAUCUACAGGUCAAAUUGGCAGUAUCCAAAGAGGGCCCACUAGUGAAAAAGUAGAUUAUGAUGGACAGGGAAGGAUUGUUUCUAGAGUAUUUGCUGAUGGCAAAACAUGGAGUUACACAUACCUUGAAAAGUCUAUGGUCCUCUUGCUACACAGCCAGCGUCAGUACAUCUUUGAAUAUGACUUACUCGAUCGACUCUCUGCAGUAACUAUGCCCAGUGUGGCUCGCCAUACUAUGCAGACUAUCCGUUCCAUUGGUUAUUAUCGGAACAUCUACAAUCCCCCCGAAAGCAAUGCUUCAGUAAUCAUGGACUACAAUGAAGAAGGGCAGCUGCUACAAACUGCUUUCUUGGGCACCAGCCGAAGAGUUCUGUUCAAAUACAGAAGGCAGACCAGGCUCUCUGAAAUUCUGUAUGAUAGCACCAGAGUCAGUUUUACGUAUGAUGAGACAGCGGGAGUUCUGAAAACAGUAAACCUCCAGAGUGAUGGUUUUAUCUGCACCAUUAGAUACAGGCAAAUUGGCCCACUGAUUGACAGGCAGAUUUUCCGUUUCAGUGAGGAUGGAAUGGUAAAUGCCCGAUUUGACUACAGCUAUGACAAUAGUUUUAGAGUAACUAGCAUGCAAGGUGUUAUCAAUGAAACUCCAUUGCCUAUUGAUCUUUACCAAUUUGAUGACAUCUCUGGAAAAGUUGAACAGUUCGGAAAAUUUGGUGUUAUAUAUUAUGAUAUUAACCAGAUAAUUUCCACAGCUGUAAUGACUUAUACAAAACACUUCGAUGCCCAUGGCCGCAUAAAGGAAAUUCAGUAUGAAAUAUUCAGAUCACUUAUGUACUGGAUUACGAUUCAGUAUGACAACAUGGGACGAGUAACUAAAAGAGAAAUAAAAAUAGGCCCAUUUGCUAACACAACCAAGUAUGCCUAUGAAUAUGAUGUUGAUGGCCAACUACAGACAGUUUACCUGAAUGAGAAAAUAAUGUGGCGUUACAACUAUGAUUUGAAUGGCAAUCUCCACUUGCUCAACCCAAGUAAUAGUGCUCGUUUAACACCACUUCGGUACGAUCUAAGAGACAGAAUCACUCGACUGGGUGAUGUUCAGUACCGUUUAGAUGAAGACGGCUUUUUGCGGCAGAGGGGUACCGAGAUAUUUGAAUACAGCUCAAAGGGCCUCCUUACUAGAGUUUAUAGCAAAGGCAGUGGGUGGACAGUGAUAUACCGUUAUGAUGGGCUUGGAAGACGAGUUUCCAGUAAAACCAGUCUGGGACAGCACCUCCAAUUUUUUUAUGCAGACCUGACAUAUCCAACAAGGAUAACUCAUGUAUAUAACCAUUCAAGUUCUGAAAUCACCUCUCUCUACUAUGACUUACAAGGACACCUCUUUGCCAUGGAGAUCAGCAGUGGAGACGAAUUCUACAUUGCCUCAGACAACACUGGAACACCACUGGCUGUUUUCAGCAGCAAUGGUUUAAUGCUUAAGCAGAUUCAAUACACAGCCUAUGGUGAAAUCUAUUUUGACUCCAAUCUUGACUUCCAGCUGGUGAUAGGCUUCCAUGGAGGCCUUUAUGACCCUCUGACAAAACUAAUUCACUUUGGUCAAAGAGAUUAUGAUAUACUAGCAGGCCGUUGGACAACACCUGAUAUUGAAAUCUGGAAAAAAAUAGGAAAGGAUCCGGCACCGUUUAAUUUAUACAUGUUUAGAAAUAACAAUCCGGCCAGUAGAAUACAUGAUGUAAAAGACUACAUUACAGAUGUUAACAGCUGGCUUGUCACAUUUGGUUUCCACCUGCACAACGCUAUCCCAGGAUUCCCUGUGCCCAAAUUUGAUUUAACAGAGCCCUCCUAUGAACUUGUGAAGAGUCAGCAGUGGGAUGAUGUACCGCCAAUUUCUGGAGUGCAACAACAAGUGGCAAGACAAGCAAAGGCUUUCCUGUCCCUGGGAAAGAUGGCAGAAGUCCAGAUCAGCAAGCGCAGACCUGGCGGUGAGAAAUCAUGGUUGUGGUUUGCAACUGUGAAGUCUCUCAUUGGGAAAGGGGUGAUGCUUGCUGUCAAUCAAGGCAAAGUGCAGACGAAUGUGCUCAACAUUGCAAAUGAGGAUUGUAUCAAAGUAGCGGCUGUUCUAAACAAUGCAUACUACCUGGAAAACUUGCAUUUCACCGUUGAAGGAAAAGACACUCACUAUUUCAUAAAGACAACCUCACCAGAAAGCGACUUGGGCACACUGAGACUGACAAGUGGCCGGAAGGCCUUGGAAAAUGGAAUCAAUGUCACCGUUUCUCAGUCCACCACCGUAGUUAACGGCAGGACUCGUAGGUUUGCUGAUGUUGAAAUGCAGUAUGGUGCACUGGCUCUCCAUGUCCGCUAUGGCAUGACUCUUGAUGAGGAGAAGGCACGGAUAUUAGAGCAGGCUAGACAAAGGGCUCUUUCCAAUGCCUGGGCCAGAGAACAGCAGCGAGUGAGAGAUGGAGAGGAAGGUGCCAGGUUGUGGACAGAGGGAGAAAAGAGACAACUGCUGAGUGCUGGAAAAGUCCAAGGAUAUGAUGGGUACUAUGUACUCUCCGUGGAGCAAUACCCCGAAUUAGCAGACAGCGCUAACAAUAUACAGUUCCUUAGGCAAAGUGAGAUUGGGAAAAGGUAACACACUGGUUGAGCCUGGACUGCCAAAGAGAAUGACUCUAUGCCAGUGUCUCUUCUUGUUUGGGAGACCAAAUGGUUUUGCUGCAUCACUACUUGAGCCUAAAUGUACAUCUUUGCUCAGAUUUUUCUGUAGCACAAUCUGAAUAGACUCUACAAUAAAGAGAGAUCCUUCCAGAAGAAUGAUAUUGCUGAAAAGAAAAACUGGGUGUGUGUUUUUCUGAAUAACCUUAAAGGUGAUCUGCUUUAAAGAAUAUGUUUACAUAUGCAUAUCGCUGCACUCAAGUUGGACUGAAAUUAUUGAAAAAAGACUGAAGGGUUUGCAAUGAGCUGCCUGUUCUUUGAGGCACUGUCUUUAACUAAGAAACAGAUCAGUGUUUCCAAAUAUUACUAAAUUUUUGACCUUUGCUUAAAAGAAAUAAUCUGUGUUUCCUCCUUUUCCUCCUCUCUCUCCCUUUCUCUUGCUCUCUUCAUCUUUCUGCAUAGGAUGUGGUAUAUAUCUCUGUUCAUUUUAAAAUGUGGGGCAAAACCUCCUUGUUUAUGGACCCCAAUGGCUUUAAACUGUGCUGCUUUCUAAAAGGACAUUGGCACAAGCAAAUUUAUGCUACAAUGGGAAUUUAAUAAUGGAUUUUACAAUGAUAAUGGGGUUUGCCUUGGGGUGGGGGUGGCAAGUAGAGUCCUUGUCACAGAGAAGCAAAGGAAACCUUGAUUUUUUUUGUAAAUUAUGUGAGACGAGUUGUUUAUGGAUUUUUAUAUGAAUUACAAUUUACUGUACAUCAAAUAUUAGUCUCAGAGGAGUUAAUUUAUGUAAAGUGUUUAAAAAGGUUUAUACUUAAAAUAAAAUGAUAAAAAUGUGCAGUGUGUGAAUUUCUUUAAUGGAAUUGCACCUUUUGUUAUGUUAUAGCUGUACAGUAUAAAGAGUUAUAUUGUAGAGAUAUAACAGUGUAUAACUAACGGACAGAAGUGUUAAUAUUUUUGUAUUAGUUUUAAAAAACGGUGCAUUUUUCUCUUGAUCACUCCUGAAAGGAUGGAGUGGUCCCAAAUUUGUAGGCAACUGGGCCGCAGCUCCUUUCCCUUUCUCUGAUUUUGCCCAGUCCUUUAGGUGCUCAGCUUCAUCAUGUGAACUGCUAAGAGGGAGCGCGACUCUUUAUUGUGACUGAAGUCCUCUGUAGUCUGGGCUUGCCUAGUCCUUUCCCAAGCCCUGAAGGUGCAUUCAUUCAUGCAUUCUUUCAUUCUGCAGCACUUUGUUUUUGUUUUUAAAUGUGGGUGGGAUGUGAAGCAUUGUCAAGUAAUGAUAAAAUGUUUGUUUACUUAGAAGUAAACCUCCCUGCAUUCAGCGGGGCUUACUCUCUAGUGAGUCAAUUUAAAAAUGCAUCCUUGGAUGCUUAGGAAAUAUACAUGAAUAGCAAGGGUGUAAUGCUUGCCACAAACUUGUAUAAUCUGUGGGGCAGGGCUUCCACCUUUGUCUUCUCUAUGAAAGACACGCUUCUUAGUAGUUCACUAAAGAAAAAGGGAAACUAGCAGCAGUUGUAAUAUGGGUAGAUUUGUGGGCUAAACACAUACUCUGCCCUUUACAUUUCUUUCCCACUAACAAGUUGUUAUGUAGAACUUCAGAAGGGAAAAGAGAGAGUUUUAGCUUAUUAGUGCCUAAUUCACAACACACUCUUUGGUAAGGCCAUCCAGUCUAUUCUGUUAAAUGUGAAAAGUGUAGAUAGCAGAACGUAACUUGGAUCUUAGCUGAGCUAGAUUUCAGUGCCAGGUCUUUACUGUGGAGCAUCUGAAGGAACAACAAAAGAGAAUGCUUCUGAACCAAUUCUAAAUCAUCUUUCUCUCUGCUGAAUAACCACCAGCAUUUGUUGCCCUAUGUCUAGAAGAAUUCCCAUUCCACAGAAUAAAGGUUUCUAUUGGGCUAAACCCCUCAUUUAUUGACAAACCAGUCAAUGAGAGACAACUGCCUCUUGUGGAUUUUACAAAGGCUAAUAAUUGGUUUCAGAAGGAUCCAGAUUAUAUCAUAUCUGUGGCCUCACACUAUUCAUUCUGUCUUUUCCAGAAGCACAGAAUUAAUUUACUUUUCCAAAAUACUAAGAGCCUCUGCUUUUUUCAAAAAGGGAAUCCCUUAACUGUACAGAGUUAACAUUUCAAAAAACAAUACCCACACGUACAGUGCUUGGUAGUCUCAUAUACUAGGAAAUCUGCACUAAAGCAGUCUUUCAUUGCUGCCUCAGCGAUUUUUAGAUAUAUUACAGUUCUAAAACACUCAGUUUUUGCAAUUGGAUUGAAUCAUGCAUGAUUAAAAAUGCGUUCUUUUUUUAAAAAAAUGCAUCCUUUGUAAGUGGGUAAGGAAAAGAAAGGGAGAUAACAAUUUUAAGGACACUUUGUCCAACAGCUUUUCUGAAAAAAGCCCUGGCAUCUUUGUGCUAUAUUCAGCUGCAAAGUCUUUUAAAAAUUGUUUACCCAAGGCGGUAUGUGUGUUAAUUUUCAAUGUGCUGUACUCAGUAUUGAGAAUGGUAAUAAAUGGCCAGUGAAUGUGUCUUAAUCAUAUUGAGGGAGUUAUGUACCUAGAAUAAAAAUAGUUUUCUGACUGCUUUCUGCCCUGAGAUUCUAUGGUAUUAUAUGUGUUCUCAAUUGCACAGCAGGACUCUUGCCAAACAGGCUGUGAGUAGGUCAAGCAAGUUACUGAAGCUGCAUUAUCAGUGCUAUUACUGUCUGUGUCCCCUUUGGAUAGAACCUAAAGAACUGCUGACAUUUAGAACAGAAGUUGUCAUUUUCUUAAAUUUAAAGUGCAAAUAAUGGUUAGUUUGCUGUCAUUUUUUCAACCACCAAGGAUCCCACAUUCAGGAACUAAGUUCCAUUUAAACCAUGGAUCAGUGCCAGUAUUUCCAUGUUAUUAUUAAUCUGGGCAAUGCAAGGUGUCUUUGCAGUUCCUAUGAGGCAGGGUUUGAACAGCACUGUAUCUCAGGACUGCAAGUGUUAUCCGUGGAAUUAAGCCCAGGCUCAAAAAUGUAGCAGAACUUUGUCAUUUCUUUGAAAUACUACAAAAAUAUCCUGUGUAUAACAUGUCGAAAUGGAACUAAAAAGUCUGCUUGAUAUGUGUCCUUGCACUUUCCACCUGAUGUUUGAUAAUCCAAACAAUGAUAUCUUUCAAUGCUAAUUUCAAAUGGAGGCCAGUUAGCAGCCUUAUUAGUAGGUACAGAAUAAGUGCUUUUCAUACAGAAAAGCAACCCUUUUGAUUUGGACCUGCUCUGACAUUAGACACUGAUUUGGGGGAAUAUGUAAACAAAAAUACAUUUAAAAAAAGAAAAUGAAGAAAUGUAUUAAAAUAAUUAGAUUACAAAAUAAGGAGAUUCAGAGUAUUUUAGGCAAAGCCAAUCAAAAUGCUUUCAUGCUAUAUUGAAAUGUAAAUUUUGUCUGAUUUGUAUUGUUCUUUUAAUUUGCCUUCCUAACUUUAUAUGUGUCCUGACUUUUUCCACAA